UCUCGCGAGAUGAGACUUGCGGAUCGGCUGGCCGGAAACAGCCGGAAGUAGCCGGAGGGUUGCGCACGCUGUGAGGGACAUUUAAACAGGGACCCGGCAGUGCGACAUGAAUUUAGAAGUGCCACCCAGCCAGCAUCAGGAAUCAAUGGAUGAUCAGCACCAAGAGGGUGAAGAUUCAGAGUUAGAUGAUACCGCAGGCAGCUCAGAGCCCAGGCUGAGAGAUACCCCUGAGGACAUCUUAUUUGAAGCUGCUGUGAACACCAUUGCAUUUCACCCCAGUCAAGAUAUACUUGCUGCAGGGGAUGUAGAUGGAGAUGUGUUUGUGUACUCUUAUUCCUGCUGGGAAAGUGGAAAUAAAGAGCUCUGGUCAUCGGGACACCAUCUUAAAUCCUGCAGAGAUUCUGCAUUUACCAGCGAUGGCCAACAGCUUUUCACAGUAUCCAAAGACAAGGCAAUUCACAUUCUCAGCAUGGAGGAGGGUAAACUGAUCAAGCGCAUCCCUAAAGCUCAUGACUCACCUUUAAACUGCCUGCUGCUGAUUGAUGAGAACCUUUUUGCCACAGGAGAUGACAAUGGGAUGCUAAAAGUGUGGGAUCUGCGUCGAGACACGUCCUUUAUGGAGAUGAAGAACCAUGAAGAGUACAUCAGUGACAUGGCCAUUGAUGAGAACAAAAAGAUGCUGCUAACUGCCAGCGGAGAUGGAACCAUGGGAGUCUUCAACAUAAAGAGACGGAGGUUUGAGUUGCUGUCAGAGUACCAAAGUGGAGACUUGACAUCUGUGGCUAUAAUGAAGAGAGGUAAGAAAGUGGUUUGUGGUUCCAGCGAGGGGACUAUCUACCUGUUCAACUGGAAUGGCUUUGGGGCGACAAGCGACCGCUUUGCAGUAAAAGCUGAAUCAAUUGAUUGCAUGGUACCCAUUACAGACAACAUUGUGUGUACUGGAUCUAUGGAUGGUGUCAUCAGGUUGUUGUUUUCUCUCACUCUCAUAGAGCGAUUAAUAUCUUGCCCAAUCGAGUUGUUGGCACUGUGGGGCAACAUCCAGGUGAACCCAUUGAGCAGCUGGCAAAGUCUAGAGAUGGAAAAUUCUUGGCCAGCUGUGCCCAUGACCAAAAGGUGAAGUUCUGGGACAUGUCUUCACUUAGCUCCAUUGUAGUGGAUGUUUACAGGAAACGUAAGAAGAACAAACAGCUGCCCGCCUUGAGUCGGAAAGCCUUUGGAGGAGCAGAUGACUUUUUUUCUGGUCUCAGAGAGGAGACAGAGGGGAAAAGUAUGGGAGACCAAGAGGACAGCAAUGAAGAUGAAAGUGACAGUGAUGAUUCAGACAGUGACUGAGGAGGCUGGAACGGCACAUUCUGUACUGUACUGCCUUAAGAAUUCUAAUUGAUAAGAAAUCCGUUAUCCAGAAACUUAUUAUCCAGAAAGUUCUGAAUUAAGGGAAGGCCAUCUCCCAUAGACUCCAUUUUAGUCAAAUAAUUCACAUUUUUUAGAAUGAUUUCCUUUUUCUCUGUAAUAAUAAAACAGUAGCUUGUACUUGAUCCCAACUAAGAUAUAGUUAAUCCUUAGUGGAUGCAGAACAGUCCUAUUGGGUUUAUUUAAGGUUUAAAUUAUUUUUACUAGACUUAAGGCAGGUUGGCUGUAUGGGACUAUCCAAUGCACAUACUCCUAGAAAAGUAUAGUUUUUAUACAAAGACUUUAUUUAUAUAAAACAGUAUUUUACAUAUGGGCUGUUUUAUGUGUUACAUUUCUAUAGAGACCUGCAAUGUUCAGGGGUAUAGAUUGCCAUUGCUAUUUUUGUUUUUACUAACUGUGCCAAAAUAGGGCAAGUGGUUAGAAGGUACAUCUCUGAAAUUGUAUUUGUAUAUUCUAUUUAGCCUUAGAAGUGCUCCCACAACCCCCUCUUGUGUAUCUACAACUCUGAAAUACCUUUAUAUGUAUAAAAACAUGUAAUUAAUCCUGAUGUAAUAGCAGCUGUGUUGUCAUCUAUCCACAUGUUUUAAAUAAACACAUUCAGCCUGUUUA